UUUUUCUUCGCUUUCCCUUGUAUUGGAACUGUGCAAGAUGAAUAAGGGAGCAUUUCUCUUUGCCGGUAGACCCUUUGUUUUCCCGCUUUUCUCGGUCUGCCUUGCUGUCUGACAGCGUCCUUCUGUCCCCUAAACCUCUCUAUAGUCAACUCGAUAUCGAUUGUUGUUCCUCUUAUAGAGUGUUUCCCUUUGUAUCGUGAUUCCUACCUCCAGUUUAUUGGCUAUUAUGUGCUACACGGUGUUCUUUAAAUUUUUUGCUUCCGCACCAUUCCUGCAUGUUCCCGUUGUCACUUGCACUUGCCUUCUAGGUACAAGCCAUUAUCGGGCUCUCAAACCUUUAUUUUCCACCCCUCGUUUUCCCCCCCUUUUUGUCAGAACACCGUUUCCCGUUUUCUUUUCCUGUGACGGAUUUUAUGAAAGGAAGAGUGCACAACGGCGUUCCACCACGGAUUCUGCACUAAAACACGCCCGAUCCUGCUUCUUGUGUGUCGCACUCGCUGUCUCCGCGACCUUGGCGUUCACAUGCGUUUGCUGUGCACAUAAUACGAGGAUAAAAAACAGCUCGUUGUUGCAUCGAGUCUGCGAACGUACACACAAUCAAGCCGGAAUUACCCGACCGAAUCGAGGCUGUGGCCCUUCACUUCCCAUGUUUUAAGCCACCACGUUUCAUUCGCCCGACAGUUCUGUCAACCCGGUUGAACGUGAACCCCGGGGUACUCCUGCUCCAAUGCGAAGGUUUUAACCGUCGUCUUGUUUCCACAAUGCUCAAAUGUGUGACUGGUUGGCCACUUUUCCAUCGUGAAGGCACUUUGACGUUAUUUCUGGGUGUGGCUCUUUUUUUUCGAAGUGAAGAGCGUGCCGUCGCUGCAAGUGCCUCGGGAUCCGGAUCCUCCUUUUCGUCCGUUCAGCCUAUCCGUCUCUUUGCGUCCUCUCAUGUGGUUGCUGUUUGCUGCUCUUCACUGUAUAUCGGAGUCUACAGUUCGUGGUGUCGUCAGGGCUUGGUCUGCCGCGGGUUGCACAUUUUCUCUGGGAGUCCCACCAGCGCUCGGUUUCGUGACUUCCGGAUUCCUCCAGUUUAAAAAAAUUCCUAUGGGCGCAUCUGCCUCCUAGCGUAGCCGCGGCGAACGGGUUUUGUCUUCGCUUCUUGUUCUUUGAGUGUUCGGGAUGGCGAGCUCGGCCGGUCUUCGGACCGCCCACAGAAAGUCAGCGGCGUCUUACGGCUCCUUUCCUUUGCCAGAAGAUGGCGUUCCCGCCUCUCCGUCGUAUUCGCGUUCUUCCUCGCCUCAUGCAUCGCGAGGCAGGAGGCUAACCGAGCCCGAAGGAGAAGACAAACGCCGACGAAGGGCCGAUCCAUCUGCAACGCGGUAUCGAGAUGCGCGCUCGAAAUCCCGAACAUCGUCUGACAGCGAGGCGCCUAGAGAAGAAAGAACACCGAAGGCUGCUCGAAGGCGAGAUUUGGUCGUGAAGUUCCUCAUUAUGGCGGGUCUCUUCGUGGUCUCAGCUUCUGCCGUCGUCACAUUCUACUUUCAGUUACCAGGUUUGUCUGAAAGCUCCCGCGAAGAACUUCUUGGCUUCCUGCCAUCCUCCCUGAGUGAAGGCAGCAAGUUGCGACGCAUUGAGAACGUCCGCGGCAUCUUCCACGUCUUCGCCCAAUACAAAGAGGAACACCCUGCGGCCACGCUGCUUUUCCUUUCUUCGUGCUACCUCCUAUACCAGGCCUUCCCACUCUUCAUGAUCACCUUCACUGGGACUUCCACCUUGGUGACGAUCCUUCUCGGAGCCAUGUUUUCCCCUCUGGUCGCUUUCUCCACGGCGAACGUGUUGGCUGCAAUCGGCCCCUCUCUUGCGUUCUUUAUGUUCCGCUGGGUCGGCAAACCCAUUGUGCUUUUUCUUUUCCCCGAGAAGCUCCGGAAACUGCAAAUGGUUUUGCAUCCCGGUGCCCACUCGCGGAUCCACUCAGGCAACUUAAGAGAGGCAAUUACGGGCCUCGAAAAGGCCACUGGAGGACGGCCCCGGAGUUUCGACGUGGAUCUCUUCCUGACGGUACUAUUCUUGCGCGUGUCUCCGGUCUUCCCAAAUCUUUUCAUUAACGCAGCAGCACCGCUGCUCGAGGUUCCCUUUGACGUCUUCUUCGCAGCAACCCUGUUCGGUCUUAUGCCGAAUACCAUCCUCUUUGUGUCGAUGGGGAGCGCCCUGACUUCACUCGAUUCUCUGAACAGCAGCUGGAAGUUGUGGCUUCUGCUGUGUGCAAUGGCCGGAGCCGUAAUAUUACUGAAGGUGAUGAGGACCCGCCUGAGACCCAAAGACGCAAAGACCGUAAAGGAAGCAGAGCUGAACACCCCAAAACAACAACCUGCAGAAGUUUUUUCACCUGCUGAAACACCUGCCACGACAACGAAGACCCGCCACUCUCGCCGAAAGUAUAUUUGAAAAAACGCUUUCUCAUGUUGGGAGCAAUCUUCAGGCUAUCUCCAACUAGUAUGUGCAUGCGGGAGGGGGAGCCGAAAGAAACAGGACGCUGUCGAGGAAAAUCCAACUGCUCCUUGUAUCAGACUCCCUACGGUACAUGUAUCCUGUUGUCGACUACCAAGACAUGCUAUCUUGUGUGUACAGACGAGGAGUGUUUGAGUUACUUGCAUGUAACUGGCCUACUCUAUCGGGGGGGUUUGUUAGUUUUUGUCCAAUACCGUCGUCCCUAGCUCUGUUCUUUAUCAGCUACGUUUCACUGGCAGAUGUGACGCAGCUAAGCCGAUGGCUCUGGCCAGAGCGAAGCCUUCCUUCAUAUAUGAGUAUAACUCGACAAAACAAAAUUAAUAGUCGUCGAGAAACACACACUCUGAGUGUUUCGUUUUAAUCAAUGGAAGGUCUGGUGAAGUGGUGGUGAUCAGAUGGUAAUGCCUCAGACACAUGCAUACAUCUUUGCUGCUGUGUACCUCGUCCGAAGAGUGGAAGGCAGGUGAACUGCAUUUUGCCUUUUGUUUCUUCGUUACUGGGAGCCAACUAAUAUUUCCAAAAAAACUUUUCACAAUUGCUAGAAGCUACUCCCUACCUGCGCUACCCGUAGUUUUGUCAACACUGACGCUAAACCGGCUACCCGACAUUUCUUCGUGUGUAAAAAGACUAACAGUCUCAGCC